AUGAAGAUCGCCCUCCGCAUUAUUGUAAAGCAAAGUGGGAGGGAGGCUGGAGGGAGCAGACUCAGACAGAGUUUGUCCCUCAUUCUUUGCCUCUGCGUUUGUGAAUGGAUGAAGCCUGAUGACGUCGGCGCCAAAAACAGCACCAAGACCCCUGACAACGCGCAAUUCGUCGUGACCAGCGCGCUAGGACAGACGCGAUUGCGACGAACUUAUGGCACUGAGUCUUACUAG